ACAUGAUGGAGACUUCGUAUCAAGGAGGCGUUACCUACGACGAGGGCGCAAAUAAUUUCAAGCGUCUCUCACAAACAAUUGCUAGCAAUAUCAAGAAAAUAUCUCAGAAUGUGUCUUCAAUGACAAAGAUGGUUAACCAGCUCCAGACACCUCAGGAUUCACAAGAGCUAAGAAAUCAAUUACGUCAGAUCCAGAAUUACACACAAAAACUGGCCAAGGAUACUUCAUCAUUAUUGAUGGAGCUGAUGAAAGUGCCCACAGACCAGCCGGCCAGCAAACUCGAACGGAACCGCCUAAACGAUGAGUACAUGGCCACACUCAAUGCAUUCCAGGCCACACAAAGAUCUGCUGCCCAGAAAAACAAAGAAGAUGUGAAGAAAGUGAAAUCGCAGUCGAUAAACAUCGGUGAUCCCUUCGCUCUGAGUAACGAUAAUAAGGAUUUGGUGGAGAUGGGCGAAACAAAUGUUCGCAAGCAGGAGCAGCUGACGAUGCAGAGCGAGAGAGAGCUACUGGAGCUCGAGGAGAGGGAGAGGGACAUCAGGCAGCUCGAGAGCGACAUAAUGGAUGUGAACCAGAUAUUUAAGGAUCUUGGGCAGAUGAUCCACGACCAGGGCUCAGUGGUGGACUCGAUCGAGUCCAAUGUAGAGUAUGCUUCAGAGAGAGUUGAGGCUGGAACUCACCAACUUACCGAAGCUGCCAGUUACAAGAACAAACUGCGAAAGAAGAAGGUAUACUUGGGUAUUGUACUCGCAAUAGUCAUUCUGAUCAUUCUAAUAAUUAUCUUCUAUAAUUGAGAUAAUCGGCUGGAAUAUACAGGGCACACUUGGCUGAGCUUUGAAUGUAACUAUUAUUGUAUUGAAUGCGAACAUGUAUUUCCUUUGUAAACAUGUAAUGUUUGCGUAUGUUUAGUGGUAAGUAUUGGCGGUACCUGUAGGCACGGAAGGUACGGUAAAAUUGUUAAUAAUAAAAUUAUUGAUAUUGGGUGCUUUUAUAAUUUACCGUAUGAUAUCUUAUAUUAGAACAUGUGUCACUUUCACGGCGUCCACAUUGAUAAUGCUACUCUAUCGGACAAACCUUACGUGAAGGUAUAUUAUUUAUAAUAUUAUGAUAUGUAUAAAAAAUAUAUAUUUGGUCAUAUUUCAUGAGAUGCCAUAUUGUUUCAUAACAUUUCUUUAAAACUAUUUUAAUUUAUUUCUUGCAUUAUAGUGGAGAUAUUGGCCAUACAAUUUAAAGUAGGUGGUAUUUAUAUAAAAUACUUUCUGAAUCUAUUCUAAAACAACAAAC